AUGAAUGCAGCUAUUUUUGUUUUGGUUGUCACCCUGUCUUUUAGCAAAUCAACCGUCCUAGACUUCGGUAAUGAAUUCCCCGACAUAAACGAGAUCUUCAUCAUGACCGAAAAUGAAAGACAUAUCUUCGAUAACAUACCUAACGUUUUCAUUAGAAACACAACUGUGGACCUAGAGAAAUUGAAUGUGACAAAUUUCUGGGAAAAACUAUACCAAUACCAAGAUAAAUUGAAGGAAAAAUUACCGAACAUUCUCGAAGAAUUUGAGCUCCCGAAUCCUAAACACUUUAACGAGACUAGACGACAAGUUUUAAAAUGGGACUGGUACCACACUCCUGAGUUCAAAGAAGGGUCUAUUAUUAUAACAAGAUUGAAGACUUUGGACUUAAUGCUACAACUGAUAUAUAUGGCUAGACACAAACUAAAACAAAUGGAGGGGAGUAAGUACUUUCAAAGGACCGACACUGGAUACCGAAUUGCCUUCUUGUACAGGAAAUUGAGAAAAAUCUUCAGAAAAAUGAUGGAUAUUUACACGAUUAUGGUGAAGAAUAAAGAGAAGUGGACACAUCAGGAUUGGCAUUUGCAGCUGCAUACGAAAGCUACUAAGCUACACGUCGACUUUUUAUACCUGUGGUGGGUUUUGGUGAGAGUCGAUGAGAAGUACAGUAUCAGAAUGGGAUUCAGGCCCACUGUGCCGUCUUGGAUGAAGCUCACUAAGCCGUAA